AAGAUGAUCAUAACAUUGAAAUAUAAGAACACGUAAGUUUUUGAAAAAAAUUCCCAGUAAUUCCGUUUUACGGGAUGUAGGUACAAAAUACGACGGAAGAGUCUUUUUGUCGGUUUCAUUAAUAUCACAAACACAUAGACUUAGAAAAAUACCAACAAAAUGGCCAAGAAAGGUGAAGAAGAAUUUUCUUGUCAGAUGUUCAGCAACAAGUUCUUCAUCCUGUGCGCCGUCGGAGGUUCAGUUGCGUGCGGUACUACACACACCUUCGUGACGCCGCUCGAUCUGGUCAAGUGCCGGCUGCAGGUGGACCCCCAAAAGUACAAGUCCAUCGCAACAGGUUUCGUUGUGUCCUACAGAGACGGCGGGGCCGCGAAUCUCGUGAAAGGCUGGGCGCCCACAUUUUUUGGGUAUUCAAUACAGGGUGCAUUGAAGUUCUCUGGAUACGAAUACUUCAAGUAUAAGUAUUCCAAUAUGGUCGACAUAGAAUCUGCUUACCUAUACAGAACGUAUCUGUACUUGGCAGCUGCAGCUUCUGCCGAAUUUGUUGCCGAUAUUUUCCUGGCACCGCUUGAAGCCACUAAGGUACGGAUGCAGACAACGCCUGGCUAUACAUCAAUGAUGAGGAAGGCCAUGCCGCACAUGCUCAGCACAGAAGGUGUGGGAACAUUCUAUAAGGGACUCCCACCGCUGUGGGGACGACAGGUGCCCUACACUAUGAUGAAGUUUGCUUCAUUUGAGAAAACUUUGGAGCUAUUGUAUGAAAAAGUUGUGCCAAAGCCCAGGGCCCAAUGUACGAAGGUGGAACAGUUGAUAGUCACAUUCACUGCCGGGUACAUUGCAGGUGUCCUGUGCGCGAUAGUAUCACAUCCCUCUGAUACGCUCGUCUCCAAGUUGAAUAAGGACCCUGGCUCCAGCGUCGGCAGUAUUAUUAGAGAUGUGGGGUUCAUGGGCAUCUGGCGCGGUCUGGUUGCGCGUAUCAUUAUGAUCGGUACGCUCACGGGCCUGCAGUGGUUUGUGUACGACGCUUUCAAGGUGUAUACUAAAAUGCCUCGUCCUCCACCUCCAGAUAUGCCAGAGUCGCUCAGAAAGAGAUUAGAGGAAGAAGAGAAGAAGAAAAAGAAAUGAUAAUAAUGAUGAUAAUAGGUAACGACGGUUGGUUAGUGAAUGAUUAUUAACAUGCCUCAAUACCUGCCGUCACACUUUGUGAUCGUUCCAAUAAUUCCGGUCUCAAGGUUGGACGAUUUAUAAUCAAACACACUGCAAAAUGUCAAUUUAAAAUAUAGAUGCAUCUGAAUUAUAAGAGUGGAAUCAUAUAAAUUGACUGUAAUCACGAAGAUUUGUUAGUGGUGGGACCACCUCGACAUUCGACAAUGUUUGAUCGAUAUUCUAUAACUUUAAGUAUUUUGAAUUGUUUUCAAAUAUACCUAUUGAAAG